ACUCCUUGACUAAGGAAAGGGGGGCGUAGUCGGAGGGCGCGACGACACACGCUCCCCGUGUGGGCGAGACGGACCCUCCGCCGCUUUGCCAUUGGCCAAGUUUUGUCCCGCCUCCUCCAAAACUCCCAUUUCGCCCGUCCAAUCACAAGCGUCAAGCCUGCUUUGCGCAACAGAGAUCACUCGGCGGCGAAGCCUCUUUCUUUCUUUUCUUGGCCUCUGCCGGCUGCCAUCCAGGCCCGCUCAGAAUCCCGGUCUUUCUCUCUCCAGCUAAGGAAAAAGCACCGCGCCGCCGCCGUGUGAAAGAAGAGCGAGGCUGCUCGUCCGAAGAAGAAGAGGAGGAGGGGGGCCUGGCGGCUCCCUUCCUCAGCCGCCAUGUCGGUCCUGAGCUGGAAGCCGUUCGUCUACGGCGGGUUGGCCUCGCUCGUGGCCGAGUUCGGUGGGUACGGAGCGGGGCGGGGGGAAGGAACCUUCCCUGUGGAUCUCACCAAAACACGACUUCAAGUUCAAGGCCAAAGCAUUGAUGCCCGUUUCCGAGAGAUCAAGUAUCGGGGCAUGUUCCAUGCCUUAUUUCGCAUCUCCAGGGAGGAAGGCAUUCUGGCACUCUAUUCCGGGAUUGCUCCAGCCUUGUUAAGACAAGCCUCUUAUGGCACCAUAAAGAUUGGUAUAUACCAGAGUUUGAAGCGGCUUUUCGUGGAUCGCUUAGAAGAUGAAACGUUGCUAAUUAAUGUCAUCUGUGGGGUCGUGUCGGGAGUGAUCUCCUCUGCGAUUGCAAAUCCAACGGAUGUGCUGAAGAUCCGAAUGCAGGCUCAGGGCAGUCUGUUCCAGGGAGGCAUGAUUGGAAGCUUUAUAGACAUCUACCAGCAGGAAGGCACACGGGGGCUCUGGAGGGGUGUGGUCCCCACUGCUCAGCGAGCUGCUAUAGUGGUGGGAGUUGAACUGCCAGUCUAUGACAUCACCAAGAAGCACUUAAUCCUUUCCGGACUUGUGGGGGACACAAUCCUCGCUCAUUUUAUUUCCAGUUUCACAUGCGGACUUGCUGGUGCCAUUGCUUCAAAUCCAGUGGAUGUGGUGCGGACACGUAUGAUGAAUCAACGGGCCAUCGUGGGGAGUGUGGACCUCUACAGAGGUACACUGGAUGGUCUGGUAAAGACGUGGAAAAGUGAGGGUUUCUUCGCACUUUACAAAGGAUUCUGGCCAAAUUGGUUGCGACUGGGCCCCUGGAACAUCAUUUUUUUUAUCACCUACGAGCAGCUGAAGAGGCUCCCUUUCUAGGGACCAGUUCAGGUUGGUGAUCCAGCUGCCUUUCCUGCUCACCUCCCUCGCUCCUGCAUCUUCAUGUCUUUUUUUUGCCUAUGCGGACUGAGGCCUACCAUCCCCACUCUGAGUGCUCAGUCUCAGGAGCAUAGCUUGGAUGAGAAGGGGGAUGUUGGGGCCAGAGAUACUCGGAGCCUGUUGCAUGUGCUUUCCCAUGAAGGGAAGAGUGGAGUGCGAUGGGGAAAGCGCAUGGGUCUGAGCCUAUAUCUUCUGUGAAGAGAUGUGUGAUUUUCAAAGGUCCUUCCGAGUGCAGCUUAUUGCAGUAUGGGUUUUGCAGUAGGCUGUGCCUUCCCCUAACCUGUUCAAGGGGAAUCUCAAAAGGAGCUGCUGCAUUCCCUCCAUUGUCAUGUAACCUUAUUAAACUAUUUAUUGGA